GUGACGUCGCCCUGGCGGGGGCGGGGCCGGGCCGCGCAGCGUGUGACGCCACGGCCGCCGCGGAUCCGGGAUUAAUGGGAAAAGUUUUGGCAGGAGCCGGAGGAUCCUGCGGAGCCUGCGGGACGGCGGCGGUGGCGCGGGAGGUGGCCGGGACAGUGUUGCCUGGUGUUUGGGGCAUGCACAUGGUACUCACGCAGCGGCUUCUGCUCACCAACAGAUGAGGACAGAUGCACCAAAGAGGCUGGCGGGAACUGCCCUGGAGAAGUCCAUCUGCAUUCAGACCUAGAUGAUGCCAGAGCUAUGACCGGGCCUGCAGGCGUGGUGCCGAGGGGAAAUCAGCCAUGGAGCAGCCACCGGAGGAAGCCCCUGAGGUCCGGGAAGAGGAGGAGAAAGAAGAAGUGGCAGAGGCAGAAGGAGCCCCAGAGCUCAAUGGGGGACCAGAGCACUCGCUUCCUUCCAGCAGCUAUGCAGACCUCUCCCGGAGCUCCUCGCCACCGUCACUGCUGGACCAGCUGCAAAUGGGCUGUGACGGGGCCUCGUGCGGGAGCCUCAACAUGGAGUGCCGCGUGUGUGGGGACAAGGCAUCAGGCUUCCACUACGGUGUUCACGCAUGCGAGGGGUGCAAGGGCUUCUUCCGUCGGACGAUCCGUAUGAAGCUGGAAUAUGAGAAGUGUGCGCGGAGCUGCAAGAUCCAGAAGAAGAACCGCAACAAGUGCCAGUACUGCCGCUUCCAGAAGUGCCUGGCGCUGGGCAUGUCGCACAACGCCAUCCGCUUUGGCCGGAUGCCAGAGGCCGAGAAGAGGAAGCUGGUGGCAGGGCUGACAGCAAGUGAGGCGAGUCAGCACAACCCACAGGUAGCUGACCUGAAGGCCUUCUCCAAGCACAUCUACAAUGCCUACCUGAAAAACUUCAACAUGACCAAAAAGAAGGCCCGCGGCAUCCUCACCGGCAAGGCCAGCCACUCGGCGCCCUUUGUGAUCCACGACAUCGAGACAUUGUGGCAGGCAGAGAAAGGCCUGGUGUGGAAGCAGCUGGUGAAUGGCCUGCCACCCUACAAGGAGAUCAGCGUGCAUGUCUUCUACCGCUGCCAGUGCACCUCGGUGGAGACCGUGCGUGAGCUCACCGAGUUCGCCAAGAGCAUCCCCAGCUUCAGCAACCUCUUCCUCAACGACCAGGUGACCCUUCUCAAGUAUGGCGUGCAUGAGGCCAUCUUCGCCAUGCUGGCUUCCAUCAUCAACAAGGAUGGGCUGCUGGUGGCCAGUGGCACUGGUUUUGUCACUCGUGAGUUCCUACGCAGCCUCCGAAAGCCCUUUGGUGACAUCUUGGAGCCCAAGUUCGAGUUUGCUAUCAAGUUCAAUGCCCUGGAACUUGAUGACAGUGACCUGGCCCUCUUCAUUGCAGCCAUCAUUCUGUGUGGAGACCGGCCAGGCCUUAUGAACGUGCCACAAGUGGAGGCCAUCCAGGACACCAUCCUGCGUGCCCUCGAGUUCCACCUGCAGGCCAACCACCCCGACGCCCAGUACCUCUUCCCCAAGCUGCUGCAGAAGAUGGCUGACCUGCGGCAGCUGGUCACCGAGCACGCCCAGAUGAUGCAGCGCAUCAAGAAGACUGAGACCGAGACCUUGCUGCACCCCCUGCUCCAGGAGAUCUACAAGGACAUGUACUGAGGGAUGUGCCCAGGGCCUCCCGGCAGGCCUCCAGGAGACUGAGACUCGGGGGCUGGGGGACAGAGCUGGCACAGGCGCCACUCACGGGACUUUCCUGUUGGCCAGCCCCUGGGCGCUCAGCACGGCACCCGAGCAGUGGGGUCACGCCCCCGUGUGCUCAGACACAGGGCCUCUCGCUCCUGAUCGUUUUCCCUUCCUCUGUCUCCCUCUUGCUCACUUCCUCUUUCCUCUCUAGUCUCUGCUCAUUCUCUUCCUUUGUCUCUAUAGGUUCCUUUUCCCUCUUCCCUCCUCCCUCACCUCCCUUUCUCUCUCUCCAUUCCCACAUCUGUCCCUGUCUCUUUCUGUGAGACAGUUUGUACUAUUUCACCAGCGGCAUAGAACACGACCUCUGCUUUUGCCCCCCUUGCUCCCCGGAGCAGGAGGAAGUGGGGCCUGCCCUCUGCACCAACAGUCACCUGCAAGGGUAAGGGCCUCACUUCUGCUCCUGUCUUCACAGUGAGGGACUCGAGUCAUCCAAAGAAACACUAAGCUCUCUGGGCCCGGCUCCCUGGGGACGCCACGCAGGGUCUAGGCUGACUGCAGCAGCACCUAGUCCCUGGGUCCCUCCUCGAGGGCCAGGACGCCUCCCCAAGACUGUCACCACCCUUCGGGGGCUGGCGCCCCCUGACCCAGCCAGCGCCAGCCAGCAGCACAGCCCCGCCCCACUGAUACCCAGCGCUCUUUCAUUCUUUUCACUGGUAUUCCAGGCCAGUGUUGCUGAUCGCCCCCUGCGCUGGCCGCUGGGGGACACCCCCCAGCCUGGAAGGAGGUAGGGUUCCCUCCAGGUGGGGGCCCCCAUCCCCCAUUGGAGAGGAGUGAGUCUCAAGGGAGGUGGAGGUUGGUAGGGAAGGCAGCCAGCAGUACACUUAAUUCUGACCCCAGGCCUUGGGGUCGGCCCCCAUCAUGCUUUCCCACCACUCUGCAGCAGCCACCGAGUCCUGCCUCCGUUGUGUCAGCACUGCAGCUCCCACUCAGUGCCAGGGCCUGGCCUCAAAUGUGACGCUCCUUUCUCCAGCCGGGAGGCACGGCACUGGCUCCAGCCUGGCUGAGGCUCACGCCCCCGACACAUGCACGCACACACUCCAUGGAGCUGCCUCUCCAGCACACACCACAGGCACUGAGGUCACUUUACCUGCAGCUUCCACACACAGCCGCCCCCAGACAGGUGGGCACUCAGAGGGACCAACAGGUGGACGGGCAGAGCCCUGACCUGCCCCAGGGCUGUGCCAGAUCCCUUGGUGGGCAGAGGUGUCCUGCUGAGUCAGCUCACUGGGGGAGGUGCCAGGGGUGAACUGAUCCUACUCAUUGUGACACUCAUUUGUCCCAGCAAUUCUGCUGCCCUUCUUUCCCCUGUAUUUGGCCCAGCUGGUCAUGUGGCCUCUGGGGACCAGGGGCCUUGCCAGGCCCAGCCCACCCCUCUGGCCCGUUCCCCUACCCUCCCUCUCCGCCCAAGUGAAGUGCACUUGCCUUGGAGGAGGGCUCAAGCCUAGCGCAAGGGCUUUGUCUGAGCAGGAGGGCAGAGCCCGCCCAGGCUGCUUUUCCAGGCAGCAGACUGGCUGGGGUCUCUGAGAAUGGCGGUGGAAGAUGUGUGGUUAGAGCCCAGGCUUCCUGGGUCCUGUCUGGUCCUCCUUCCCGAGGGGCCUUUCCUUCUCUGCCCCAGGACCACUCUCUACUGGCAAGAUUCUCCCCUCUCCCCGCCCACCCUCGCUGACCAGGGACUUGGGUUGGGUGCAUCCUUUGGGCCAGUGCUGUGAAGAAAGAGAUGCUGUGCCUGACACACCGCCCCCCCCACCCCCCGCCGCCAGCCGUGUGCCCCUGUCCCCACCCCGGUCUGACGCCGAGAGUAGCACACAGCUCUUCUCAGUGUCUGAACAGUCUCCAAAACUGAAAUGUAUAUUUUUGCUAGGAGCCCCAGCUUCCUGUGUUUUUAAUAUAAAUAGUGUACACAGACUGACAGAACUUUAAAUAAAUGGGAAUUAAAUAUUUAAGAGUUGA